AUGUCCGAGUCCAAAAACAACUACAUUGUCACCAACAACAGACAAACUUGCUCGGUCAAUCACGAUUCUAGCACGUCCAAGACCCCUCCUUCCUCAUUGCUUGUUUCCAAAAUGGAUUUUCAUCCCGCUCUCGUUGUUUCUAGCAUUAGGAAUCAUAUGUCUAUUGUCUUUGAGAUGGAGAAGGACCAAAAUGGCCCACGGGCCGAGCUUUUACGCAAUCAUGACCACUCUCACUUGGUUCUACAUCACAUUUUUCCCUCUAAGGAAAAGACACCACUAGUCGAUGCUACUGAUGCCGAGCAUGAAUUGUUGACCACCAUUGACUCUAUUGCCCUUUAA